AUGCUAAACUGCCAUAGGAACUUCGAAUUAAAUUUUAGAGACUUCGGCAUACCCCGGGAACGAUGGGGAUAUGAGGUGCGCAAGUAUCUCACUGGCGAAGUCAUAACGUUCGGAUUCCACCUAUACGACACCAAUGUGGACCUAAAUGAGUGGAACGAGGGGGAGUUGGUGGCAUAUUAUCUAGCUAAUGUACCUGUGGAUAUCUAUGAGAAACUGACGAGGAGCGGACACUUGAGAUUUGAAAAGUGGGAGGACGCCGCUGAGGAGCUGAGGGACGUAGUGGGAAACUGGGAUGAAGCGUUGAAGUACUACCGACGUACUCAGCGGGAACUACGGCACAUUCCAACAACUUACGGGAACCACGAACACCAGAAGCGCACGAAGGGCACUCAGCACUGGCCUGCCCAUCAAGAAGAGAGGCCACUAGGCGCCCUGGAGAAAUGUGUCGUCGGUGCGGAGGAGUGGGACACUAUAUCUCCACGUGUACCUCGCCCUACGACACGAAUGGAGCUCCCACUAUCAAACGAGAGACUCCACCGAUUCGUUCCCGGCCUAGCCCACCUAGACGUUUAA